UUGACAACCAUUACCGGUUGCUUUCCUGAUAUGAUGGUCUACAACAGUCAAACAACACAACACUGCGAGGUGGACAAUGCCAAUGUUCUGAGUACCUUGUCUCUUAGGGUUGGGUAUUACACUCCUGAAGGAAGACUCAAUUCUGGAUGGCCAGCUUCUCUUGUGGAGGGAACAAAACUCAUUUCAUUUGUGCCUAACAGUGGAGGUAUUUCAGGGGAUAUGAGUCUUGUCAUUGUGAACGAUGUUCAAGUCGGGGACUCUAUUCCAGUAUCGAACAACUUCACCAUGAACUUUCUGAGAUAUGGAGCAACAAUAGCAUCAUUUACUUCUAACAGUGCCUAUUAUGGGUUGAAGACAAUGGUGCGGACAAAUUUACCAAAUACCAAUCCCAUUCAGAACUGCAUGCUAGUUCCUCCUCAGUCAGACUGUGAUGCCAUGGCAAAAAAAUGUAGUGGUGCUACUGGAUGCUACAAUUUGACGACUUCUGCAUCCCUUCCUAUUCCUGGGAACUACUCACUCUGCUUAACCGCGAGUGGAUGGCAAGGCCACUACUUGCCGUGGGGUGCAAUUCCCCUCGAGGUGAUGGUGCUGGUGCCAAACGAGCUGUAUAUGAACACUCUC